GACUCUGACCAAGGUGGUGCAACGACUACUUUUGAGCACAAGUAUCAAUACCGCUGGUACACUACACUGGACAACAAAUCGGAACUUUACUCGGACCUAUUCUACCGCCAUACCAACCAAACAUGCCACCUCUCUUCCCCUACCAAGCCAUCAUGCUCCGACCACAGAUCGAUCGAACCGGAGACCACAUACCACUGUCAACCUCUCCGCCAGCCAAUGAGAUACUGGAUAGUCUUCUCACAGGCUAUCUUUGGGGCUGUCUCCUUGUGGCUUUGUUUCUCGUCGUAUACUUCGCCAUCAGCUUCUGUGUCUGGGUGAUUGGGGCGGCGCUGACUACUAUCGAUACGGUAAUGGACCGCCUUCGACCACGCGAUGUUCACCCGGGCGCCCACACGGAUGCUGUGUUGAUGGCAUCCCCCUUGUCCAAGACGUACGAGACUGCAUAUCCGGAGCGGAUCUUCUCGUUGAGCGAGGACGAUAUGCAGAUGUGGCCAUGUGACAAGACUGAUAAGGGCCUGGAGCAUGCAAUCUCGCGCACAGAGAGAGACAUAGUGCUAGAAGAGAAGGGGGCAGAAGAAUCUCUGGAACUUCGCAUUGUCGGUAAUUCCAUCGAUGAUCCUAUUCAUCACACAUCUUCUGGCGAUGUGAUCAUCGUGGACACUAUCCCUAAUACCUCCAACGCCUUUCCUGGUCUCGAUCGCCUCGUUGUUUCUAUACAACUCUGAUUUAUUGUUUACACUCCUGGCCUCUUCUUUACGUACUCGCCUAACCAGUACACCGCCUGCAGAAACGCUUGUUCUUUUGCAAAUCUCGCCUUUUCAUGCGAUAAAUCGCCCUUUGUCGCAAAUCCGUGCUCGACAUCCGAG